AUUCGUAACGCCACAAAGUCAUUACACUAAACUUAAUACAAUGGCUCACUCCACUUGUGCUCUCUCCCUUCUACUAGUGCUCGUCUCUUUUUUUCUCGUCGAGAUUGAAGCGAGGGAGAGCAAAUUCUUUACCAAAGCCGUUGUUAUUCAUGCCGAUACCACGGUCGAGAAUGUGACGCACCAUGUGGAGGCCCCGGCUCCGUCGCCUUCGGUAUCGCCUUCUCCUGCCCCGGUGGAAGCUGAGAUCAACAGAGGCUAUGGUCUUUAUGGACGUGAUGAGACUCCGAACACCAGUGGUACUGUUACGGGUGAUAGUUUGUUCGAGAACAAGAGUCCUGCAGAAGAAUUUGAGGAGAAGUUCGGGAAGGAUGAGUUUGAUAACAAUGAGUUGCCGAGCAAUUAUAAUGAACAUUCUUACGUGACGGUGUCGCAUGACAAAGGAGAGAAGUUCGAGAACAAAGAGCUUAGUAAUAAUGAGUUGCCGAGCAAUUAUAAUGAACAUUCUUACGUGACUGAGUCACAUGACGACAACAAGCAGAGAUUUGGUAAUGAGGAGUUGAGUAACAACGAGUUGCCGAGCAAUUAUAAUGAACAUUCAUACGUGACUCAUCCACAAGGUGACAACAAAGAAAGAUUCGGCAACGAAAAUUUUAACAACAAUGAGUUGCCGAGCAAUUAUAACGAACAUUCUUACGUGACUGUGCCACGUAACACCAAUUUGUACGAUACUAAAUUCAGUCCCUCCACCAACUCGGAGGACGAAUUUGUCAACAACGAAGAGAAACUAACUCCGGAGGAGGAACAGCUUUUCGACCAAAAUUCAUUCGUCAACUCCAACGCCAAUUACUUCAACGACAAUCACAAUCACAACAGUGAAACUUACAAUGGCAAUCAGCCACAAGGGCUGAGCGAUACAAGAACCUUGGAGAACGGAAAGUACCAUUAUGCCCUUCACGGAAGUCCUCCGAAACGUAGGAAUGAAGGGUAUUAUGGUAAUAAUGGCGAGCCGAAGUCUCAGUACGAGUUUGACACCAUGGAAGAGUUCGAGAGACAAGAAGGGUACUCACAAAUUCCAGGGGAAUUUGUUAAUCCUUGAUUAAUUAUAAACUUUGUGGUUAAUUAAGGUUACAUGCAUCCAUCUCAUCUCAUGCACGAUAGGAUGAUUACUUAGAAGUAAGUUAAGAAUGGUUAAUUAUGUUCGUGACAUACUUAUUUACGUGUUAAUUACUUGUUCUUACUGCGUUUUCUUUCUUGUUCGCAAAUCAAACGAUUCAGAUUUCGAUUUGUAAGAGUGAUUUAUUAUGCUUAUUAUUGUGUUUUUCUUA